GUCAGUCCCGACGAGUUUAGCGGAGCUCAAUGGCAGCGACUCAUUCUCACUUCUUGAUGAACCUGUCUCACGGAAUCUCCUCCCAACGCAAUCUCAGAGCAGCGGAUGCUCGUGUUUCACCUUCUUCUUGUGAGCUUACUCGGACGAAUCGGUCAUGGGCUUUGCCAUGUUCCUUGAAAGUUGAGAAAUUUCAAUCCCAACGAGUAAGCAGAAGAGGAUUGCCAUGUUUGGCGAGCUCGGAGAAUGGUGGGUUGCUCAGAAGUGGGAUAAGUGAUGCUGAUGGGAUUAUAAUUGUCGAUCACGGUUCUCGUCGCCGGGAAUCUAAUCUCAUGCUUGAGGAGUUUGUGAAGAUGUUCAAAGACAACACUGGAUACCCUAUUGUUGAGCCUGCUCAUAUGGAAUUGGCUGAGCCAUCUAUAAAAAGUGCAUUCAGUUUGUGUGUACAACAAGGAGCAAAACGUGUAGUUGUUAGCCCAUUUUUUCUCUUUCCUGGAAGACAUUGGCAUCAGGACAUUCCUGCUUUGACGGCUGAUGCUGCAAAGGAGUUCUCUGACAUUUCAUACCUCAUUACUGCACCUCUCGGCCUCCAUAAUCUCCUCAUUGACGUUGUGAACGAUAGAAUCCAACAUUGCCUGAGUCAUGUUGAAGGUGAUGCAGACGAAUGUCUCGUUUGUGCUGGAACAAACAAAUGCAAGCUCUACAAUAGUUCUUAGGCUCAAAUGUAAGAACGUUUUUGUAUAUCUGCUGGUUUUCUCUAACCUUUUGGAUAAGGAAAACAAAAACAAAGAGGCAUAUUAUAUUGUUCAUACUCAUCAGUUAUUACACGUUCUUGUUUCACACAGUUGAAAAGACAACGAUGAUAAAGAGAUAUCUAUUAAGU